UCCCGGUCGUUAUCACCGUUGGUUGAAGCAGAGAUUUUCUCAACCUGAUAACAAAGACGAGCAUGUCGAAUGCGUCAGAAUCGGAAACUUCAAUCACAAUAUUCUCGGGUGGCAGUUUUUGGUGAGAGCGUGAACCGGCGUCAACUGCUGUCAAAACGUGUAAGCUUGUUAAAUGGAUAGUUCGAAAUCAGUUAAGCAGCAAAUAAUGGAGCUCGCAGGGGAAAAACUGUUGGAGAAACUUAAGGAGUUCAAGGACAGCAAGCAGAAAGCAUCCAGAGAUUCCAGUGAACAGCGGCUAGUUGAUGAAGUGGGACGAACCGAAUUGGUCAGUGAAGCAUCAACCAGUGCGAACACGAAAUCAGACUCAAAGGAAUUGGUUCGGUACCAUUCGGUGGUUGAGUUGGAUACGUUUGAAGAUGAGUUCGAUAGUUGUGCGAAUUCCACAGAAAAUAUUCAUUCGAGUGUUCAGGAACAAGAAAAAGCAAGAUUGUUGGACAGCACUAAAAAUUGGCUACAACCCACGCCUGCAUCAAAACCUCCUACAACAUUACCGGAUAACUCCAUCCCAAUUUGCGCUCCUAAACCAGAAAGCCCAAAUUCAGAACUUUCAAACUUUGUCCAGAAGAAGUCAAUUGCCCAAGGGAUGAUGGAUCUGGCUCUGGUCUCCGCCAACACUAAUCAGCUACGGUACGUGAUGGACAUCGGCACCAGACAUCCAUAUUUCUACACUAGUAUUGCGUUGAUCGUGACCAGCUUGGCGAUGCAGCUAGUUGUGGGUCUCGCGUUGAUAUACAACAGUAGGUUCAACAUUCGGAAAAAGAACGAAAUGCGCUCGGCCGAUCGGAUUAACGAUUUAUCCGUCAUCGGGGUGUUCUUGAUCACGCUCGUCAAUGUGUUCAUUUCGACGUUCAACGGAUCAAACGCAGGCAUUUACACAAGUGAUACGAUACCCAUGUCAGACGAAAACGUGACCACCGUUGCUCCGGAUGUAGCCAGCGCCAUCAAUGUCAGUGUGGAUGGGAGCUGAAAUGUCGUUGCGAUGGUAACGGGAAGCAGGUGGUUUCACUAGGCAUGGUAUUGACGGCUGAAAUACUUAUUGUAUGCAAACAUCUAGUCGUGUUUCGUAUAAGCAGUUAUUAGUUUGCUCCAUUUCAAUAAUUUACAUUCUUAUAUUUAUGGUAUAUUGACUUGAUCAAACCCCAUUCUGUUGUUGAAAAAUAAAUCUAAGUCCACAACCUUUCCUCUUUCUUCAAGACAUGACGUCGACAACAAGUACAAUUCGUACUUCUUGGCUUGAGACUCAGGGUCAGGAUCAGGAGUUAAGUACUAGAGACUGGUAUCCGGCUCAACAGAUAACGUUCAUUUCAUUUAUUUAGUUAACAUCAAAUUCAUGAUAAUACUGCAUCAACAAUUUGCCGCCAUAACACU